AUGAGUGUUCAAAUUUUUGGUGAUCAAGUUACUGAAGAGAGAGCUGAAAAUGCUCGUAUGUCUGCCUUUGUUGGUUCAAUUGCCGUUGGUGAUUUAGUUAAGAGUACUUUAGGACCAAAAGGUAUGGAUAAAUUGUUACAGAGUGCUUCUAGUGAAUCAAGUUUAGUUACCAAUGAUGGUGCUACUAUUUUAAAAUCCAUCCCAUUGGAUAAUCCUGCUGCGAAAGUUUUGGUUAAUAUCAGUAAAGUUCAAGAUGAUGAGGUCGGUGAUGGUACUACUAGUGUCACUGUAUUGAGUGCUGAAUUGUUAAGAGAAGCUGAAAAGUUGAUUGAACAAUCCAAGAUUCAUCCUCAAACUAUCAUUGAAGGUUAUCGUAUUGCAUCGGCUGCUGCUUUAGAGGCUUUGACUAAAGCUGCUGUUGAUAACUCUAAAGAUAGCACUAAAUUCCGUGAUGAUUUGGUUCAUAUUGCAAAGACUACUUUGUCAUCAAAGAUUUUAUCUCAAGAUAAGGAUUAUUUUUCUACUUUGGCUACAGAUGCUAUCUUAAGAUUAAAAGGAUCCACAAACUUAGAACAUAUUCAAAUUAUUAAAAUCUUGGGUGGAAAACUAUCGGAUUCCUUCUUAGAUGAAGGUUUCAUUUUGGCAAAGAAAUUUGGUAAUAAUCAACCAAAGAGAAUUGAAAAUGCAAAAAUUUUAAUUGCUAAUACUUCAUUAGACACUGAUAAGGUGAAAAUAUUCGGUACUAAAUUUAAAGUUGAUUCAACUUCCAAAUUAGCUCAAUUAGAACAAGCAGAACGUGAUAAAAUGAAAAAGAAAAUUGCUAAAAUUUCAAAAUUCGGUAUAAAUACUUUCAUCAACAGACAAUUGAUUUAUGAUUAUCCUGAACAACUGUUCGCAGAUCUAGGUAUUAACUCAAUUGAACACGCUGACUUUGAAGGUAUAGAAAGAUUGGCAUUGGUCACAGGUGGUGAAGUAGUCUCAACUUUUGAUGAACCAGAUAAAUGUAAAUUAGGUGAAUGUGAUUUGAUAGAAGAAAUUAUAAUUGGUGAAGAAACCUAUUUGAAGUUCAGCGGUUGUAAAGCAGGUGAAGCUUGUACUAUUGUUCUAAGAGGUGCUACUGACCAAGUAUUGGAUGAAGCUGAAAGAUCUCUACAUGAUGCAUUAUCUGUUUUAUCUCAAACAACUAAGGAAACAAGAACCGUUUUAGGUGGUGGUUGUGCUGAAAUGUUAAUGUCAAAAGCCGUUGACACAGCCGCUCAGAAUGUUGAUGGUAAAAAAUCAUUAGCUGUUGAAGCUUUCGGACGUGCAUUAAGACAAUUGCCUACCAUUUUAGCAGACAACGCAGGUUUUGAUAGCAGUGAGUUGGUUUCCAAAUUGAGAUCGUCUAUCUAUAAUGGUAUGUUGACAUCAGGUUUGGAUCUAAAUAAUGGUAAAAUCGCUGACAUGAGAGAAUUAGGUAUUGUUGAAAGUUAUAAAUUGAAAAGAGCAGUAGUUAGUUCGGCUUCAGAAGCUGCCGAAGUAUUAUUAAGGGUUGAUAAUAUCAUUCGUGCUAAACCAAGAACUGCCAACAGACAGCAUAUGUAA